CCCCUCUUCCCUCCUUGUACAACUGCAAACGCUCCUGUCUGCUCUCCUGGCGCCCCGACAGUCAAUUCACACAGCUUCCAGGGGGACUGUUAAAAAUACCAAUCAUAAAAAAAAUCAGAGCAUGUCACUCCCUGUUUAACAGCUUUGCAUGGCUUCCCUUGGAGGAAGGCCCCAAUUUCUUACCCUGGCCCCUGCCUAUGCUGACCUCUCCUAGAUCAUUCUCCUCUCUGUCCAGAUGCUGGGCACACUGGCUGAAUUUCUGUCCCUUGAACUUGACAAGUUUUUCACACCUCUGGCUUUGGUCUUGCUGUUCCCUUUGCCUGGAACCCUCUGCCCAGACCCUUCACAGGGAUGUCGCCUCCCCAUCAAUCCUGACACAGUACUACAGCAGCCCCACACCCAAUUGCCUGAUCUUCUGUGUCACUUAACCGUGUAUUUCUUCAGGACUUAAUGGCUUUCUGUAAUUAUUGUCUUUAUUCACUUGGUUUGGGGUCCCUUUCACUUACCAGAAUGCCAGCUUGAUGAAUGCAGGUGUCUUUCUUGUUCUCUGCUAGCACAGUGCCUGGCACAAACCUAGGAGGUGCUCAACAUACUUUAUGCAGUUGAGGAAUGCGGGAGUCCCUGGGGAAUGAGUUGGCUACUUAUCCAUUUGAUCACUUUUAAGGGGGCCACUCCCUGGGAGAAGCCAGCUGCAAACCCCUGUGUUCACCUGUGUUUCACCCAAAUGCCUCAUAUAUGGCAGGCCUGUGGUUUCCAAUAUCAAUAAACUUAACAGCCAAGACUUACUGAGCAUUUACCAUGUACCAGGCAUUAUUCUAAGUGCUUUACGUGGCUUAGCUAAUUUAAUUUGUACAACAAAGUAGAUACUAAUAUCCUCAGUUUACAAGCAGAGACAUACUAGGACACACACAAGAAUGCCUCAUAAGCACUGAGUUGAUUAUCAUUGUACAACAGAUGGGUGAAUCGAGUAAAUACACAGGUGAGCCUACUUCGGGAAGGUGGAACAGAUCAGGAGGACAGAGCAUUAGGGAAGAAUCAGCAUGGGGGAUGUGGUGGGGGACACUGAGCUGGUUUGGGCAAGUGGGUAGAAGAGGAAGCGUAGGGCCACGGCGCAUGCUCCUGCUCUGGGUCCCCACAGCACUCAGGGGUGCAGCUGUGGUGCAGAGGCGAGGGCCUGGGUCUGGUAUUCUGCCACCCACCAGAGGGGUGAUCUUGGGCAACCACUUACCCGCUUGGGGCCACGUUAGCAAAAUGCUGGGGAAGGCUUACAUAACACCUAACUGCCAGAGCCGUCACCAGGAUUAAAUUUAAAAAUGCUCAUGAAAGUGCUUCGUCAGCUGCAGAGGGCUGCUGAGAGAGGGGAGUAGGGAAAGGGUGCAGGCUGUGGGCCUGAAAAUCUGAAAUUAGAGCCAUACUUUGGCUCCUCUUGCAUAGUCCCCUACUGUGUACCCCUCCAGGGUGGACCAGGGUCUACCAGUUGUUUUCCAUAUGUGGCUGGCAUGGAGUUUGUACUCAGUGGGUGUUUGUUGAGUGAAUACAUGUGUUUGUUGAGUGAAUGAGUGAGGGAAGACCUGGGGAAGGGUAAGAGAGGGAAAAUAAAUACAUGAGUGAAAGAUGGAGGAAAUGAAGAAGGGACUGGAGAUGCCGUCUGCCUCUGAGCCUCAGUUUCUUCAUCUUUAAAAGACCAUGGAUGCCUUGGGCUUGAAUCAUGAGGACACUGUCCCUGAACGCCUACUAGGCCAUGGCCACUGCUCCCUCAGCAUGGCCCUGAGCUCAGCCAAAGAGAGGGGCUAGUCAGUGAGAACCUUGGACUCCUGUGCUUGGGCCCUUCCCCCCAACAAAUCCACCAAGAGUGCAACAGAUGCCAGCCGUGUGAGGCGGAGGGACAGGCCUUCUUGCCCCCUCCCCGGGCUGGACGAGGAAGAGCGCACAGGGGAGGGCUGGGCAUGUCUGAGACAUCGUCCUGCCCCGCCGGCCAGGAGACCCCUGCCCCAGGCUGCAGGCUGGGGGCCUUGUACUGGGCCUGUGUCCGCAAUGACCCCGUCCAGCUCCAAGCCACGUUGGAUGGUGGGGUCUCCCCAGAAGAGGCCACCCAGACAGGUCUCAUGGUUGCCUGCUACCGUGGCUUCCAGAGUGUGGUGGCUCUGCUCAGCCGCUGCCCUUUCCUCGAUGUGAACCAGCAGGAUAAAGAAGGGGACACAGCCCUCAUGCUGGCUGCUCAAGCAGGCCAUGUGCCUCUGGUGAGUCUCCUGCUCAACUACUAUCCGGGCCUGGACCUGGAGCGCCGAGACCAGCGGGGACUAACAGCACUGAUGAAGGCCGCCGUGCGGAACCGUUCGGAAUGCGUGGCUGCCCUCCUCAUGGCAGGUGCUGACCUGACAGCGGUGGAUCCUGUUCGGGGCAAGACAGCCCUAGAGUGGGCACUGCUGACUGACAGCUUUGACACCGUGCAGAGGAUCCGAUGCUACUUGCGGCGCCCCCAAAUAGAGCAGCUGAGCCAGCAUUACCAACCCGAGUGGCCAGCCUUGCCUGGGCUUGUGGCUCAGGCCCAGGCCCAGGCCCAGGCCACCCCAUCUCUCCUAGAGCGACUGCAGGCCACCUUGAGCCUCCCCUUUGCCCAGUCUCCUCAGGAGGGUGGUGUCCUGGACCACCUCGUGACCAUCACGACCAGCCUGGCCAGUCCCUUCCUCACCACGGCCUGCCACACCCUGUGCCCUGACCAGCCACCUGCGCUGGGCACCCGCAGCAAGUCUGUGCCAGAGCUGCUAGGCACUGCCCCGCCCCCUCCCCCAGUCCCUCAGCCCCCCCAGGUAGUCCCUGGCUCCCGGGUCCUCAUCCCCUACCAGAGCCGUCAGGGCAUGCUGAGUAUGUGCCCUCAGUGGCUACAGCCCAGGGACAGUAGCAGCCCCAGGCCCCAAGCCCCCAAGAUCCGCCUCUCCAAGGCAUCGUCAUCUCCCACACAGUACAAGCUGGAGCCCAGGCCUCGAGAGAAUCGAAGCCUAGCCCUUCCUGUCUGGAGAUACCAGGAGCUCAGGAUAGAGAGGAGGAGGCAGGAGGAGGAGGCUAGGUGGGCACAGAAUUAGGGGAAGAUGGGCUAAGGCCAGGCUGGGAGCCCGUAAUCAGGUCUCUCCCUAAGGCUCCUUCGCCCUCGAGAGUCCUUUUGCUUUCCCAUCCAUCUCUGUACAAAUGAUUCUACGCUAACCUCCUUAGGAGGUUAUUCAUACAGCAUUGUUUGCAAUCGUUAAGAGUGAAAACAACCUAAGCAUCCAUCAACUAGGCUAGGGGACUAGCUAAGUUGAUUAUGGGUGUGAUUACCGUACAUCCAUAUGAUGUAUUCUAUACAGUGGUAAAACAAGAUUAAGGAAGCUCUUUAUGUUCUGAUACGAAACUAUCUUCAAGAUGUAUUAAGCAUAAAUAAUCAAGGAGUGGAACAGCGUGUAUGGCAUGCUACUAUUUGUCAAAGUACAAUUUGCACCAAGAUAAACUUGACUAAUACAAACAUAUAGUGAGUACCAGGAUGUAUUUAACUACUUAGUGAAUGAAGGAUUGAAGGAGGGAAAGGAAAAACCAUUACUGACAGUGGAGAGAAGAAUGCUUGAAUGAGAUUGGAAAGGUAGGUACAAAAAAAGUUUAAUUCCUACCUGGCAAUAAAACCAUCACUUUUGGGGUGCCUGGGUGGCUCAGUCAUUAAGUGUCUGCCUUUGGCUCAGGUCAUGAUCCCAGGGUCCUGGGAUCGAGCCCCGCAUCGGGUUCCCUGCUCAGCGGGAAGCCUGCUUCUCCCUCU